CGAUCGUACGAUGGCGUGUUUUAAUAAAGCUAAAUAAUAACCAGUAAGAUAAUGAUAUAAGUUUCGUUUUCAUUGACAGAAAUAGAUAAAAGGAAACGGAGCAUUGAAUUGUCUUGAUGACUUGCUAAUUACGACACAUUUAACAGGAAAGCAGAUAAAUUCAGGGGUGAUAAUUUUUUUAGAAUAAAAAAAAACGUAAGUAACAAUUUUUUUAUAUAUAUUCUAAAGUCUAGUAAUAAUUUUGGUUAAACUGAAUUUGUCGUAAUGACCAUGAAAAAACGUUCAUUAAAUCAAGUAACAUGCAAUUGCAUGAUAUUACCAAAUAGAUCGAUCGGUUAAGUCGUAACCAUGUAGGUGACAUGUGCUUUGACAUUAGUAGAGGAAGACCGAGGUAACAAAUUGGUGCAAAAUUUGUUACUAAGAGGGUGUACAUGAUGCAGGCUCGAUUUAAUUCAUAGGUGUUGGAAUAUAGAUAAUUAAUACAAAAAACAAUUAUGUAACUUGCAUCAUCCUUUAUACCGUAAUAACUUGGGCGUUAGUGUUAGAUCACGAGAUCAUCCUACCUCUGCAUAUGUCUCUUCACGCUAAAAAAAAAAAAAAAAAGAUCUCGUCCCUUAUGUUCUUCAUCAAGAAGAUCAUAAACAGUUGGACUCCUCACCUCUUCGACUAUACAUAAACAAUGAAUAUAAUAACAUGUACAACAUGCCAUCCAACAUUUUCAAUUACAAAAAAGAAAUUUACAAUAAAAAUUCCUUCCAACAAAUAUAUGAAUUAGGAAGGAUCGAAUUGAUGACUUGGUUCAUGUUGGACGAUCUUGCAUUUCAUUGUGCUUUCUUCUUGUUUCAUUGCAUCUUGUUUAUUGCAUUGGGCUAGUUUGCAAACAGGUUGUGGUCGAGUGGUUGUAGCUCUUGAUUUCGUUCUCGGAGAUUUUAGGCUUUAAGUUUGAAAUGCACAAUCAUUUUGACCUCUCUUCUGUGAUGAUACCAUCAGUCUCAUUCGAGUUGAAAAUCGAUCGACAACCAUGUAAUCUGCUUGACGACUAUAUCACUAUAAUAUACCAGUCAAAAUAAUUCUCUAUCAUAAAAGGCACAUAUUUCUAUACUUUUUUUUUUUUGGCCACAAGUUUUGGAUGAAAGAAGAGAAUACCCAAAUCCGGGAAACCAGCUAUACCUAGCUUGAUACCUUACUCCUCUUCUUGCAUAAAGAGACUUUCUCCCAACAAGAGCAACGUAAUAUGCUGCCAUCCAUGCUGUGGCUUCUUAGCUCUUACAACCAAAAGCAAUCUGCUUUCUACUCAUACCAGAGUCUACAGCUACCACUUUUCUUAAACCAUGAUGACUGCCAAGUUUCAAUGGGGAAACUUCUCCAACCUAAGACACAAACUUUGCUAUACCAUACAUAUUCUUUCCUUAGAUGCCAUGCCACAUUUUAAUACUCCAAACCACAUUCAUAUAAAACAACUCUCCCCUAUUCAUCCUCAACACAACAAUCAUCAGAAUUCAGAAGGAAGGAAGACCCCAAGGAAGGCAAAAAAAAAAAAAAAAAUGUACAACCACAACAACAACAACAACAACGGCCGGCUGCCGGUCCACCGCGAGACCAAGCCGCCGCCGAUCGAGCGCCACCACACGGCCCGCUACAUCGCCCACCGCGUCCGCGAGAGCCUCACGACCCGCGUCUCAAAAGUCAUCUGCUCCAUCUUCCUCACCAUCCUCCUCGUCGCCGGGAUCGUCGCCUUCGUCCUCUGGCUCAGCCUCCGGCCCCACCGCCCCCGGUUCUUCAUCGAGACCUUCUCGGUCCCCGGGCUCGACCAGCCGGGCGGGUUCCAGAACGCCCAGGUCCGGUUCAAGGUCACGGUCCGGAACUCGAACCAGCACAUGGUGUUCCACUACGGGGCAAUGCAAGGCGCGGUGUUCUACAAGGACCAGCAGAUCGGGUCCGCCCGGCUGACCGAACCGUUCGACCAGGGGCCCAAGACCACGAAGGUUUUGGACGAGGUUCUGACCGGGGCGACCCUGACGGUCAGCAGCCAGCGGUGGGCGGAGUUUCAAGGGGACCGGUCGUUGGGCAAGGUGCCGUUUCGGUUGGAUAUCACGGCGACGAUCAUGUUCAAGGUGUCCACGUGGCGGAGCGAGACGCAUCGGAUGCAUGCCAACUGUGAUGUGGAUGUGGGGCCCGAUGGGUCGAUCUUGCCGAUUUUUAGGUCGAAGAGGUGUCCGGUCUAUUUCACUUGAUUUCGUUUGAUUUUAUUGGAAUAUCGUUAAUUAUUUUCCUUUGGGUUUUUUGGAUUGUAAUUUGUGCAAUUGAGCUACUAAUGUUUCAUUUUCUUCUCCGGCAGGCAGUGUAAUUUGAUUAUUUUAUUUCUAUGACUUGUAAAUCAGUGUAUCCUAUUGCAUAAUAUAAUUUUUUUUAUGAAUGAUGAGACUAAAAAAAAAAGUAUGCGUGUUUUAAAAUAUUAUACGGGUUUAUUCGGAACAGUCAAAUUUUGUGCAUGUACUAUACUGUUAAUAUAGACGUACAGUCCAUCAAGCUUUGUAAAAACUAAAAACAAAAUCGACAAAUCGCUCAAUAUCCUAGAUUUAUUAUAGAACUAAAAAUUUAUCUUUUGUAAUUCACUAAUUAGAUAAACCUCAUAAAAUAGAAUCAAACUACUGAGUUCGAAAUUUUUAGAAAAUUGUUAUAUUAUGUUCUUAAAUCAUCUCAUGUUUUUAUGGUUUACUAAGAUUCACGUAUAGUGUCAAAUACCAGUUAAUCACAAUCGCUCUGUUAAUUGGAAAAUACAAGAUAAAUGACUACCGACAAUCUAUCAAAUAAUUGCACCAAGUAUCGCAGCCGCAAAGGCUAUCUACAAGACAAACACAUAUCUAUCAAUUUAAUAAAUAAAAAAGAUAAUCCACAAUUUUUGAUUUGCUAAAGUCAACGAAGUUAAUCUAACGACAGUAAUUAUUUGGAGUAUGAUAUGCUCCAAGAAUAAUCCACUCAUUAUCUCUAUAUAAAUGUCUUCUAUCUUGCUCUAAGUAAGUAUAUGAGUAACACAUAUCCUUGGAACAAAAAAUAAUUAUCUCUUCACCUUCAAUUAACCGAAUUUUGAGUUAUUAUAUUAUAAGUUUAUAACCAUAAUUCUUAAAUCUUAAUAAGUAAAUUCUACAUCCUAUUUCGAUCUCUAAACUCCAAAAUGCUAAAUAAUAAGACGACGCAUUAAUAUGUUAGAUGUAUUUCGACAAACUAGAACUUGUUCGACUAGCUUCGAUCUCCAACUCGAUGUGAUUGUCUUCUGGUUUACAAAUAGUUAAAGGUUUGCGAUUCGCUCUGAUUCAGCAUCCACUGCUACUUCUACCACCAUUCUUUCCUCGUCCUUUUUCCUUCUUAUCCUCGUUCAUGGAAGCUGACGAAAAUUGGCUAUCUGAACUUUAACCACCAUGCUCCACUCUUCGUUCGCAUUGCGUAAGAAAAAAAGGACUACAACAAUAGCCUUUCUGAGACUUCAAGGUGACUUGUAAAGUGCAAAAAUCCCAGGGCUUAUGAUACGUAAAGCUUCAUCCCUUUGAUUCUUUUCCUCCAAAUUAAGGACUCCAUAAUUCCCCACUUUUCUUUGUACUCGUAGUCAUUCCUUUCAUACCAAACCAUCUCUGCAAGCUUUCCAAUUCAACUUUCUGUCCAAAGCUUAAUCGUAAUUAACUCGUUUGCACAAUCAGCAACCACUAAUGUCUAAUUAUUCCUCCAUAAGUGCAUAUAAUGCAAAGAGCACAUAUUCUCUUCGUAAACAAGAAACUUCCCUAGCUAAAACAUAAAUGUUCCUUUUAGCCAAGAAUGUUCUAUUGGUAGAUUACAUAAUGGGUCACUGACUCUGAGGGCAUUAGCGAAAUGAUCACUGAAUUUUGAUUGUUAAGAGCCUUCGAUGGAGUUUGGAAUAACUACCAACACUGUUACUAUGUCCGAAUCAUCCAGAUGAUAUAGUGUCAACUCAUGCAAAUUAAUAUCGAAGUUCGUUAACUUAUUUGUUAGUAAACUCAAAGUUUAUGAACCAUUUAUGAAAUUAACCUAGCCAGAGGUGAAUUUGGCACUUAAGGCUCCUCUCUGUUUGGCCAAUCUAGUUCAUAAGCUUUAUACUUGGUGAUCAUUGCAAUAGUUGAGCACAUUGCAAUAACUGAGUACUUAUUCUUUCAUUAUCGUGGUACGCGUGUAGAUAAACUUAUUAAUUAGUU